AUGUCAAAUAUUCCACGUGGGGUGGGCGCUCCCCCACCCCCAGGUAUGAACUCUUCGAAACGGGGUCGUCUGGUAUGCAUCAAAGUGAGAAUGUUGGAUGAUACUGUAGCCGUUUUCCAUCUUGGCAUUACUUAUAAAAUCUUUAUCCUAAAUUUGAAAUUCCAGCAUAAAGCCAUCGGACAGACAUUGCUCGACGAGGUGUGUCGACAUCUGAAUCUUCUGGAAUGUGACUAUUUUGGGUUGUCUUUUAUCGAUAUCAAUGGGAAUCAUUGUUGGUUGGAUCGUGAGAAGACAAUUUUACGGCAAAUCACAAACGGGUCGACAGACGCAAAAUUUUAUUUUGUCGUCAAAUUUUACACGCCGAAUCCGAUCGACUUGGAGGAGGAAUACACCAGGUAUCUGUUCACAAUGCAAAUAAAACGGGAUCUUGCACUUGGCGAGUUACAUUGCAGUGAUAACACUGCAUCUCUGUUAUCCGCCUAUCUUGUUCAGGUAAUCCCUAUCCAUCAUACCCUAUCUAAAACUACGUUUUACAACUAUCCAGACGCCACCUACUUGUCACACACACGUUUUGUGCCCAAUCAAACGCUAGAAUUUCAAAAGAAGGUGAUGGAUAAUCACCAGAAUUUCAUCGGGAUGACACCUGGAGAAAGUGAUUUGGCAAUGUUGGAAGUGGCAAGACGAUGUGAUUUCUAUGGGGUUAAACUGCAUGCUGCAAAGGAUAUUGACGGAAACGAUGCGGCACUUUCGGUGAUGCAUCUUGGAAUUAAAGUGUUUCGACAGCUGCAACUAGACACGACGUUCUCAUGGGCGAGGAUUCGGAAACUGAGUUUUAAAAGGAAAAAGUUGCUAGUGAAGCUCCAUCCAGAUAGCUAUCAAUACCUCAAAGAAACCGUCGAAUUCUCGUUUGACACUCGAGAUGAGUGUAAAAACUUUUGGAAGAAAUGUGUUGAACAUCACGCGUUUUUCCGAUGUGUUCAAGCUGAGGAACCAAAGAAGGAGACGCGAUUUUUUAUAAGUAAAGGAUCGUCGUUUAGGUAUCACGGAAGAACACAAAAACAGUUGAUUGACUAUGUAAGGGAACAUCACAAGAGGAGGGAACCAUUCACAAGGCCUCUACGAUCCGCGGCAUCUACCCGAAAAGGAACAUAUUCGUCCACAUACGGUCUUGUCUCUGAUCGGCCUACAAAACACCGAAAUGGAUCAGUCAACGAGCCGAACCAAACGAACCCGUACAGCAAGCACCAAAACACGCACUCCUCAAUGCCGCACAUCGCUCAUAUCUCUUCCCAACCAGCCGAUCACUCGUUCUCAGGUACAUUAGAUGCCCGUGUGGGUACAUCAGUGACACGUGACCCCCCUACAACAGUUACCCAACACCGUCUUCGACAGUUGAAGCGCAGUGAGCGCUGCAUUUCUGACGUUGAUACGGUCGAGCGACCGCAACGCUCUUCUUGUAGACCUGUUUCUAAUGCUAUUACUGUUUCCUCUUCCAACAACUCGAAAGAGCAACCUGAUUUGUCUAUUUCUUUGCCUAACGUACUUAGUGAUGAUUUACAAAUGGUGUGUAAAGAAAUUGAAAUGGAGCAAAACGACCCGCCGAAAUCAGUGUCUGGUGACAACUUCCAACAGAGAAGGUCUAGUCGUGAUUAUGAUAAUGUUAGUGAAGACUCCUAUCGGUUAUCUGAUCAUGAAAGGAGCACCAGAUCAGAAGUGGGAGUUGGAUCCAAGUAUGCAGCUGCGACCAUCUUCAAUUCCACUUUUGUUGCUAGAAAACCAGGAAGCAACGUUGUCAAAAGAGUUGUGGCUCAUAGUAAAAGCACUCCGAAUUCUACUGAUGAUGAAGAAGGUGCACUUAAAUCAGCAUCUGAAUAUCAAACUUUCCGGCAUAUCAAAGAAUAUCCAUUUGUAAGAAACACCAAUAUUGUUCCCAUAGAGAUUGAUGGACCAAAUGUGGACUUAUCAUCCCGAAGAUCUCCAUCCGCUACUACCACUACCACCAGAGUUACUCCGAAUACGACUACUACUGUAACAACAACGUCAAAAGUUCUAACAAGUUCCGGUGCGGUUCUGAUGAAACCCAAAGUCAUCUCAUCCAACGAUCGUGAGACAUCAUCUGGACCUCAUUCUUCUAGAGUCUCACCAGAAUCCGGCACCUACGGAGCUCUUGGCCCUUUACCGGGACGUGUCAUUACUAAAGAGAACAUGAUGAUAACUCCAGAAGGGUUCAAGGAGAAAAAACCCAAGCCCAAACCUCCUCCAAAGCCAUCGUUCCCAAUCCAAGCUGUGCAGGCAGAGACUGAAAUCGUUAGAGAAGUCAAAACAGAGCGAGCCGCAAGCCAUCCACUGGUGCAUAUGCAGGAGGAGAUUCCAUUCUCCCGAGCUCCCCUGAAAUUCGAAGAGCAAAAGGAGCGAAAGUCAUCGUUAUCCCGCCCAGCGCUGAUUUCAGUUCAGAGCGAGGAUAAUCCAGAUGUUCAAAAAUGUCAUCUCUUCAACAGCGACAUCCCUUAUACCCUCACUAUGCGGAAUGUUGAAUCCACGCAAUCUCUACCGUACUCCACAUUCAAGGAUGUGGCGACUGCGAAGAAGCAGGGUUAUGAAUCAAACUCACUGAAAAGAGUCUCGAAGAGUCCUGAAUUUAAGCGACGAAAAUCGCUGGACCUUGUGCCACGGAAGCGAUUACCAUCUCCUGGUAACUUCUCUGCACAGGACCACACUAUCUCUCCUACCACUCCAGAUAGCGACGUUUUGGAGUACCUGCUAAGGAGAAGAAGCUUGCUUGGAGAUAAGUCUGCUAUCAAAACUAAGACAAAGAGGACAGAUCCAAGAAGGCAAACUCAGCCAGUCAGAUUUGACCUGCCACCAUCUCCCUGCUCUCCAACUGCCGGAGGAUCCACGCCAUUUAUUUCAAUUUUAAAUGAUGACAUUUUCGAUGAAUGCGUUUCCGAAUCCAGAAGCCUCCACGAAGAUAUGGACCGUCUAGACAAAACCACGCCUCACAAUCAGUCGAUAUCCUCUUUCAUGUCUCAAAAAUCACGGCGGGAUUCGGAAGAUAGUGAUGUAAUGCCACCGCCACCAUAUGAGAUUCUCAAUCGCGCCCAAAUCUCCACGAGCCGUCCUGCACCACCACCGCCACCACCGAAAUCUCUCGCUGCUGCUGUCAAAGUUGCAGAAAUGAAAGCAGCGGCUGCUGGGAAGAUGCCAUUCAGUGGAAAUUCCAAAAACGCCACUGAUUCUCCUCCAUUCAUCGAUGACUCUCCAAAGAAUAGCAGCGCGUCCGAAGCUCCAUCAGUUGUCUCACCUUAUAAGGAUUGUUUUCCGGAUUAUUAA